UUUGAUUCUGUUGACUGUCAGAAUGUUAAGAUCAAGCAGGAGCCUAUUGACCCAGACGACGAGCCAGUGAUAACGGCGGAGGAGCUGUCCCCGCAGCCGACGAUCGACACGACGCACACAACGGUCCUGUCGUCCAUCGACGGUAACCUACAGCUCGACAGCGCGCCCGCCACCGCGCCCGUAACCGGCGGCAUUCGCAUCAACAUCUCCAAGUCAAUACCUGCCCCGGCGCCCGCCGAUCGCUUGGAUGACGUCAGCGCGGAUGACGAGCCCCUCCCGCCCGGGGAAGAACCAGAACUCGAAUACACCCUCAAACCUGCCCUCCAAGGCCGCCGACUCAGCCGCCAACCACCCGUCAUGAAGGGCAACGAACUCUCCGGACUGUGCUCCAUUAUGUGAAGUGUUAUGCGUGAACUGUGAAGUGUUAAUUUACGGCUAUACUUAACUUUUAACCGAAUUGACUUUUGUACGACAAUUAAUGGAUUAUUUAGAAUAUCAUCUAAAUAUGUUUUCUUCGGACAACCCUUAGGUGCAAUGAUUAUGGUACGAAUGAAGUGACUAUGAAUUUUAUAUGUAA